AUGGUGAUUCCGCUCCUCCUCCGCGCGCGCGCCGGGGAGGUACCCCGGCGACGAGGAAGCGGCCCCCGCCUGCGCAGUGCCAAGCUCCGCACUCACCGCUGGCUGCGCUCUCCGGAGCAGGGCCGCCGGAUCCACACUGCCCACCCCUCGGGCGGCCCGCCGGCCCCCUUCGGAGCUGGCCGGGCUUUCGGCGUUGACACCCCGCCUCUCCGAGGCCGGACGGGCUCCCGGCGCUGCCGCGCGCGUAAAAGGGGAACGGGUGCGCCCAGCCUCGUCUUCCGAUCCAUGGUGAAGGCUUAUAAAUAUAUGAGCGGCAUUUUCGUUGUGACUCAUUCGUCGAAGCAGCAGGACACUGACUGUGCUAGGCAGCCAAACAAGAUGGACAUAAACCGGCUUCAGGAGCAGUAUCACUGUUUCAAAGAGAAACAGAAGCUGCAGACGCAUGUCAUUGUGUUUAAAGCAGUCUUCACAGGUGGGAAUGAGGCCGUUCCCACGGAAUCCAUGGUCAGUACUGUUUUAAUCAAUAAGGGCAUGAGAAGAGCACUGAAAGAGAGAGAGAUCAAACUGGAUUUGCCCUGCAGUGGAAAUGCACAAGUAAGUUCACCAUGGAGGAUGCACCUUGGUGUCCACCGUCUGGCACAUCACCAGAAACGGCCUUGUGACAUCGUCCCAAACCAGAAUGAACAUAGCAUGUUGUCUUGCCAAGCGUUGUUAGAAAGCACUGAACAGGCCCUUGCAUCAUCCAGCAAAGAGGAAAAUUUGCACCCCACUGAAGAGACGGUCCAUUCCAACUCACCUCGGACAUCAGUUACCUCCAUUUGGACUUACUCUAGCCUCAACACUUCAGCUUCAAAACCAGCACCUAGUAAGCUACCUUAUUACCCUUUCCCUCAGAAAAAAAAUCCCAAGAUUUCUGAAGCUGCAAGAAAACUUGGGCUGUAUGUUUCCCAGUGAGAAUUCCACCAAGGAAGAGGGAGAUCCGUCUAUCCACACAGCUAGUUUUUCCACAGAAGUUGCAAGAAGCUCCUCCUUACCACACGCACUUGUAUAAUUGCCUGAAAUACAGAAGUAGCAUUUCUGUUCCCACGAACAUGAGAUGCUCUAUCCACAUAUAACCAACUUGGGUCAAUGUUUCUCUAAGGGUAUGCAUGCUAGUCUAAGGAAGGGUCAUGUGGAAUGGAAGGGCUUCAGCUACUUCCAAGCUUCUGUGUCUCACAUGCCACGUGUGGUGGGAGAGCAAUGAUGAAAUUACGUUUGCUUCGCAGGGGAUUUUUUUA